AGUACUAUUCUAAAGAAAGAGAGUUUAUUUAUUUUUACAAAUGUCACUACAAACAACAGUUUAAUUUUUAUAGCACUACUAAUUUAACUCCAUUAUUAUCAAACACGUUAAAAAAUGAAGUAGUUGACUUGUGCAUAAAUCUUCGAAAUGGAAAAGUAUACUUGGAAGAUUUAAAACAAAUUAUACAAAUGUAUGAUGAAACAGACAAUCCAUUGCCAAACGAUAUUGAUUUAAUAUUACUCAAAUGUUGUGGUAAUUCAUUACCUGAUGUUGAUUUACCAACGAGACAAAAAUUAACUAAUCAAGUAUGGAAUCUCCUUCAAAAGAAAGGUUGUCAAUUAACUUUGGAACAUUAUAAUUGUCUACUUGGAGUUUAUGCACAAAAUUUGGAAUCUAUAAAUCCACGUGAAUUUUUAGAUAAAAUGACCAUAAAACCUGAUCAGAGUAUAUAUUGUUCUCUGUUGAAUUUAAUCUCGAAAAUAGAAAAUGUUGAAUUAUUAGUCACUAGUGAUAUAAUAUCAAAAAUGAAAGAAAAUUUAGAUACUUGGGAUAAAGAAAUAUUCAAUAUGAUUGUCAAAGUAUAUGCAAUGCAAGGAAACAUUGAAGAGGCUAAAGAAGUAAUUAAGAAAAUGGAAUCUAAUAAGAUUAUGCCAUCACCUGAUACUUAUAUUUAUUUAGCAUAUGGUUUUGCAAAGGUAGGCAAUAUUUCCAAUGUUAUGGAAACUUUUGAAAAAUAUCAUCCAAAUACUAUAAACAUUAUGGAAGUUAUUAAAAUUCUUAGUCGUAAUGGACAUGGAGAACACAUAGAAAGUAUUUUAACAUUUCUACCAAAGUCGUUGAAGUUAAAUGAAUUAAAUCUAAUUACUAAUAAUAUUAUUGAACUUAUACAUGCUGGCGACAGAAUAAAUACUAUUAAGAUAUUAAGUAAUCUUUCUUCUAGUCCAGAAGUUAUAGAUACUUAUGUAGAAUAUGUUAAAUGUUUUGUUGAUGAAGAUAUUCAAUCGAAUAAAUCAGAUGAAGAUAUUUUACAAAUGAUACGUGAAAUCAUCAAUUAUAAUUGUUCUCCACAUAUCAUAAAUGAAGCUACCAAAAUUGCGAUGCACAAUGGCAGAAGAUCAUUGGCGCUUACUUUAUUUGAAGAUAUGAAAAAAAAUGACAUCCCAGUACGUAGUCAUUAUUAUUGGCCUUUGCUAUUACAAGCGCAGAAAAAUGCAAACGAAUUAUAUUCUCUUAUUUCACACAUGAUAUCUUUAAAUGUAGAGGUAGAUAAGAAUACGCUCAUUGAAUAUGUACUUCCUUUCAUAAAUGUAAUUAAUCCCAUGAAGACGAUAACAGAAUUGAAACAAAAAGAGAUUAAUUUUCUCACUGUGGUAAGAAGUGUAUGUGCAUUUCUUUUGGACAAUAACAGACUUAAAGAUUUAAUAUUUGUGUUGUCUAAAUUGAAAAUAAAACUUGAUUUUUGUGAUUCUUACUUAGAAAAGUCUCUUGUUCAAGGAUAUGAAAAAGCAAUCAAUGCAUCAAAUUAUGUAUCGAUAAUGCUACAAAUACCUUAUAUAAAGGAACCACCAUAUUUGUAUAUUUUAAAGGCAUUACUAAAUGAUGCAAUUGAGUGUAAAACUUUGAAGCGGCUUAUUAAUUUUUUACAAAUAUUAAAAGAACAUAAUGUGAAAUUAUCGAAGUCAGAGGCCGAUGUUAUGUUGAAACGUAUUUUUGACAUAACAACGGAUGCAGCUGAAUUAAAAACUGUUUGUAAUUUAUUGAACAAUGAAGAAAUAGAUUUAAAUUCGGUAUAUAACACAUAUAAACAAAAUAACUCUAACUUAAUAUUAUCGCUGAAUCCUCAUCCAUCAAAAAUGGACAUAGAACAACUAAAUAGUCUUCUGUUAGAACUUAAAUUUAAAAACAUGAACAUUCGUGGUGUGACAAAGAGAUUAUUAGACAAAUACUGUAAAGAAAGUAAUUUAGAAGCUGCCGAAAAAAUAAAGGAAGAGAUUAUUUCAAAUAACUACGAUUGGACAGCAGGAAUGAGAGCAGGGUUGUUUCAUUUGUAUGUAAAAAAUGAUCUGUUGGAUAAAGCUGAAGCUGAAUUAAAUGAAAUUAAAACUAAACACAGCCAAUUUAAAUUGGAUACUAAUAAAAUAUUAGAGUAUGCUAUUUCUUUGGUGAAACACAAUAGAGUAGAAGAUGCAUUUAAUGUAAUUGAAAAUACUAAAAGUAUUAAUAUAUCAUUAAAUAGUGAUUCUUACUGUUUAAAGUUAUUGACAGCAAUAGCUGAAAGCGAACGUCAUGAUGAUACAGAAAAAAUGUUAUUAACUCUAUUUGAAAAAAAUUAUUGUAAACUUCAAAAUAUUUUGUUUAUUCCUUUGAUUGAAAGGCAUCUUAUGAGAAACGACAUAGAAUCUGCUAUGGAUACUUUUAUUAACUGUGCAAAGAAAUAUAAGAAAGCCCCAUUAAAACAAAAAUUAUUAGAAAUAUUAAUCCAUAAUUCAACUGAUUUAUCAUUAACGUAUAUUGGAGAUAAAAUAAAAGAAAUUUUAAAAUGUAUAAAUGAUAUUCACGGAGAGCCAGUGGCUGUAGUAAAAUUGAUUAAGGCAUAUGCAACAUGUGGUAAAAUUUCGGAAAUAACAACAAUAUUUAAGAUAAAUAAUGUGCAAAUGAAAUUGUUGAUUCACGAUCUUCGUAACGAAACUCAUACAGAUAUACUUGAUACAUCAUUAAAUAUAUUUAAAGCUAUCAAGAAUGAGGAAAGGACAGAAAUGAACCGUUUGUGUAAUUUUAUCCUUUCGAUUUAUGCUGAAAGAAGAGAUAACAAAGGAUACGCUGCAUUUUUAAAGGAAAUGGAAGCUGAAUCAAUACCAAUAUCUAAAAGUGAAAUUAAAAUGUAAUUAUAGAGAAGAUUCAACUUCUGUAUGUGCGUGUAUCUAAUUUGAACAGAAUUUGAAAGUAUAUCGCGUAAGAAAAGCUUAAUAAUUUAAUAAAGAUUUUUGAAAUUGUU